GUCGGAGCGGAGCGAGCGACGGGAGCCGGGAGAGGAGCUCAGGUUGAACACGAAAACCGGUCUGUUCAGGUCCACACACAGACAGCUACCUUGGAUUUGAACCUCCGCUCAGCAACCAGAAGAGGGACCAUAACAGGAUUUCUGCUCGGAGUUGGAAGUUUCUGCGGAGUAUUUUUUGUUUGUGUAGUUUUUUUUAUGGUGGGUGUGCUCUCUCUCUCUCUGACGCUUCCAGCUGUUGGGAAUCAUGGCGCUCAGAGCCAGAGCGCUGUACGACUUCAGCUCUGAAAACCAAGGGGAGCUGUCGGUGAAGGAGAACGAGAUCCUGACUUUGUACAGCGAGCAGGACAUCGAGGGCUGGCUGGAGGGCACGAACGACAAAGGGGACAGAGGACUGGUCCCUGCCUCUUAUGUGGAGGUACUGAAAAACGAUGCGCCCUCCACGGUUAACAACAACAGCUGCAGCACAUCUGGGGGCUCCAGGUAUGCCAAUGUCCCAAGUGGGGGCUUUGACAACUUUUCUAAACCACCCCCUCCGAGUCUGAGCACUUCCCAUGCUCCUUUGCAGCAGCAGGGUUUUAAGCAGCACAGUCAGGGCAGUGAUGAUGACUGGGAUGAUGACUGGGAUGACAGCUCCACUGUGGCAGAUGAGCCAGGCACAGUGGGAGGAAGGUACAAUGACUUUGAAGGUAAUGGACCCUACACCUACAGGGUGUCAACGUCCACGGGGUCCAAAGGUAACACACAACAGGCAAGGAGCUCCGCCUCGGUCAGCAGGAACCUGAACAGGUUCUCCACCUUUGUAAAGUCAGGAGGAGAGGCGUUUGUGCUCGGGGAGGCGUCGGGCUUCAUCAAAGAUGGGGAUAAGAUCUGUGUGGUGAUGGGUCAGUAUGGUCCAGAGUGGCAAGAGAACCCCUACCCGUUCAACUGCACAAUCGACGACCCCACGAAGCAGACCAAGUUCAAGGGCAUGAAAAGCUACAUUUCCUAUAAGCUGACCCCCACGCACACGCAGACUCAAGUGAACAGGAGGUACAAGCACUUCGACUGGCUGUAUGCCCGCCUGGCGGAGAAAUUCCCCGUCAUCUCAGUGCCACACCUGCCGGAGAAGCAGGCCACGGGGCGCUUCGAGGAGGACUUCAUCUCCAAGAGGAGGAAAGGCCUCAUUUGGUGGAUGAACCACAUGACCAGCCACCCUGUCCUGGCCAAGUGUGACGUGUUCCAACACUUUCUCACCUGCAGCAGUACAGACGAGAAGGCCUGGAAGCAGGGAAAGAGGAAGGCGGAGAAGGAUGAGAUGGUUGGAGCCAACUUCUUCCUCACCAUCAGCACGCCGCCGACUCCGCUCGACUUCCAGGAGGUCGAGAGCAAAAUCGACGGAUUCAAGACUUUCACCAAACGAAUGGACGACAGCUCCUUGCAGCUCAAUGCCACCGUCAACGAGUUUGCACGUAAACAGAUUGGUGGCUUUAAGAAGGAGUAUCAAAAAGUGGGGAUGUCAUUUAAGGCCCUGAGCCAAGCGUUUGAGAUGGACCAGCAGAUGUACUCCGCAGGACUCAACCAGGCUAUCUCCUUCACUGGAGAGGCGUACGAAUCAAUUGGAGACUAUUUCUCUGAGCAGCCCAGCAAGGAUCUUGACCCAGUUAUGGACCUCUUAGCUCUUUACCAAGGACACCUGGCAAACUUCCCAGAUAUCAUUCAUGUCCAAAAAGGAGCCCUGACGAAAGUGAGGGAGAGCCAGAAGCACGUGGAGGAGGGCAAGAUGGACCGGACGCAGGCAGAAGGCAUCAACGAGCGCUGCAACAUCAUCUCCUGCGCCACGCUGGCUGAGAUCCAGCACUUCCACCAGAUCCGUGUGCGAGACUUCAAGGCCCAGAUGCAGCACUAUCUCCAAGAGCAGAUUUUGUUCUUCCAGAAAGUCACGGGCAAGUUGGAAGAGGCUCUGCACAAAUACGACAACGCGUAAUGGACGGCAUUUUAUAAGUCCGUCGCUUUGAAUCCCAGAUUAUGAAUGGCCGUGCACCUCCUGUGAGCAGCCAGUGGU